AUGUUGCCGCCUUUUAAUAUUGCAGACGAGGUGUGUGCGCAUUGCUGGGAUGAGUCCGUAAUGGUGGUCCCACGCCCCCAGGCGGCAGUGCACAAAGAGGAGUGCGCCUACUGUUGUCGGACGUGUCAACAUGAAAAGGGCACGUUAGUUUGCAUGUCUUGCCAUACAGGACUCUGCGCUGAGCAUGUGCAGAAGCACACCUCAAUUUUUAAUACACACGUCAUGUAUGUUUGGAUCAGAGAACUUCCCAGCAAAGAGGAGGAUGCAGAUAAGGUAAAAGAUGUAAAUAAACUCGGGGUUGUAGCCCCAAAAGAGUAUGAGAGUGCCCUAUGUUGUGCUGCAUGCGCCAAGUCAUUUGUUUCUCCACCAGAACUAGCGGUGGAUUGUUACCAGCGCAUCUUACAUGCAACUUCGAUGGGUGCACAGGUGGCAAUCGAGGCUGACGGUGGUAAUUUUGUGCGCCCGCAGUGUCCUCAUCUUGUAUGCCUGGAGCAGCUGCCAAACCCUUUUCAAGCUGCCCCAGCUUCUUCGGAUAAAUGUGUUUUUGACGGGUGUGACUGCCAACUCAACAACUGGAUGUGCAUGACAUGUGGAGCGAUCGGAUGCCCACGUGAACAGGCAGGGGGCAGCGGACACGCCGUGCAGCACUACAUGCACACGAUGCACCCCGCCGUUGUUAAACUUGGCACAGUGACGCCGUCAGGGGCUGAUUUUUAUUGUUAUUUGUGCGAUGACGAGGUGUCUGAUGUGCACUUUGUCGAUCAUAUGAAACAUUUUGGUAUCGAUGUUCAAACUGCAAAGAAAACUGCCAAAACGCUUGGGGAGAUGCAAUACGACUACUCAUCUCAGUUUGAUUUUAACCGUAUCACAGAGGAAGGGGAUUCUCUUGUUCCCGUCUUUGGUCCUGGGAGGACUGGGAUGCAUAACUUUGGCAACAGUUGUUAUAUGGCCUCAGUUUUGCAGUGCAUCUUCUCCUUGAAACCGUUUAGAGAGGCGUUUUAUCACAACCGUGAAACUUGGCAUCAGAACGCAUGUCGAGAGAGUCCCUACAACUGUCACUGCUGCCAGACCGAGCGGGUUGCUAGUGGCCUCCUCUCGGGCGAAUUUUCUGUAGAGGGUCAGGAACGCACUAAUGGCAUCACAGUGAGGGAGUUUAAGCGCGUGUUUGCGCAGAGGCAUCCUGAGUUCUCCACUGCGGGGCAACAGGACGCACAGGAGUACUUUUUGUAUUUGGUAGAACAAAUGCGGCGUUACGUUAGACCGUCAUACAGCGCGGGUGUGAAUAUUUUACAUCCAGUGGACAUAUUUAGAAUGACAAUGGAGCACCGUGUGCAAUGUAGUUUGUGCCGCAAGGUGCGCUACACGCAUGAGUUCGAUUGUUGCCUCUCCCUGCCAAUUCCGUUGGAGCGUAGUGUGUCGAAACCUAAUGGAAAUCGCAAUCUCACCGAUGAGGAAAUUGAAACCAGCCGUCCUCAUCUUACUUUAGAAGCGUGCCUGGAGUCACUGAUGCAAACAAUUGACAUUGAAUGUCGCUGCAGUGCUUGUGGGGUUCCGGUCACGUACUCCAAAACCACACGACUGGGGACGUUCCCAGAUGUUAUCCCCAUCUUCCUCCGCCGUGCGCAGUUUGACAUGGAAACUAUGACUGUUAAGAAGCUUGACGUGUUUGUGGAAGCUCCUCUGGAGCUGAACCUGGAGUUCCUCCGCGGUGCGGGCCUGCAGGCUGACGAAGUGGCUAUGCCUGAGAUGGAGGAGGAUCUUCCACACAAACGGACUUCAGUGCCAAUUAAGGCGAUGGAUGAAGAGGCGCUUGCCAUGCUGUUGAGCAUGGGUAUAGACGAGGGUGUGGCCAGAUACGCGCUUUUGCAGACGGGCAUGAACGCGGAAAGGGCGGUUGACUAUGUCUUCAGCCACGAAAAUAUUGCGGAACAAGCGGGGUCUGCUGCCGUCUCUGCGACUGUCUCGGAGAGUUGCCCGGCUUCUAUUGGGGAUGGGCCUGCACAGUACCGGUUGCAUGCCAUGAUAAGCCAUAUGGGGGCAAGCGCCAAAACAGGACAUUACGUCUGCCAUCUUUGUGACGCAGAGACCGGGAAAUGGCUGCUCUUCAAUGAUGAGAAGGUUGUAGAAUCUCGCAACCCACCGUUCUCUAUGGCUUUUCUUUACUUCUAUAAGAGGGUGGACAAAGCAUAG